AUGUUUUCGAAAACGAUUGCCCUGAAGAAUGUGCUGAAAGUUACUACUGCUGCCAUGAAAUUUGGGAGUCGCCGUUUUACGUAUCUUCCACAUAAGCCAAGAAGUUACAGUUCAAAAGUUUUGGGAACUAUGGACUCCCAAGCCGUGAGGGCUGCUUACAAAGAAAACUUUCCCCCACGGGCGUUUAUGGAGAUGUAUGGCCAUUUCAAAGGAGAAGUUUCUGCUUUCCGUAAAGAACUUCAUGAUAUAUUUCGAUCAGGUCUGGCUCAGGGUGAGACUCUGUUGGAUGUGGGCAGUGGCCCGAUUCUCCUGGCUGCGCUAUUGGCUUCCAGUCGAUUCAAACACAUCGUGCUGAGCGACCUAGUCGAAGGCAACAGGCUUGAACUCAACAAAUGGCUUGACAAGAGUGAAGACGCCAUUGACUGGACCCACCGUGCUGAGCAGAUUGCUGCCUUGGAAGGCUACAGUGACAUCAAGAAAGGGGCGUUGGAAAUACUCGAGCGCACACGCUCGGCCAUCCGUAAAGUGGUCCCCUGUGAUGUUCUGGAGCCCGGAGUUCUCCCAGAGGAACACAGGGAAACUUUCGACGUCGUUAUGUCCGCCGGAUGCCUGGACUGUGCCACAACAGAUCACGAAGCCUUUCGAAUGGCGCUUUUCAACGUGGGAACACUCGUGAAAAAUGGCGGGUUGCUUCUCCUUUUGGGGACAUGUGGUUUAAAGAGCUACACUGUUGGUAGCGCAGAAUUUCCGCACGCGAACUUAACGGAAGGUGCGUUAAAAAAAGCUGUGAAAGAUGCUCAUUUUCAGAUCAAAGAUUACCGUACCAAAAAAGAGGUGGGUUUUGAAACUUCAGAGGCAUUCAUGUUUCUGCUGGCGGCCCGUAAGGCCAAAUUCGGCUCAUUGGACUAG